GGGAGGGACGGGCCCCACCGGGGCAGGGCGGGGGCCCCUGCCUGUCCGUGCAGCCCUGGACCGGGAAGCUCCCCCGGAGCCCCGGGAGGGGCCCGCGGGGCCUCCCCGCCCCAACCGAGCGGCAGAACGCGGCUCCUUCCGCCUGGCCCUUCAUAGCUCUGCGCCCAUUGGCUGGGCCGAGUCCCGCCCCCGCGCCGCAGCCAAUCCUCGCGCACAGCUGUGGCCCGGACGUGGAUUGACAGCCUUGGCGGCCAAUCGGAGGAGCCGGGCGGGGACGGCCCGCGGCGCUGACCGGGACCCGGAGUUGUGGCCGAGGCCGGGGGCGGCGGGGGAAGGACGGGCCGCACCUGAGGGACAGGUCAGGGACAGUGUCACCUUGGAGGAAUAUAACCCUGCUGCCCCACUGACUGGUGGAAAUAGUGGCUCAUCUGCCCUUCUGUCUGUUCUAUCCCAGUGUGGGCUGGUGGGGAAGGAAAGCACUGACAGGCUGCAGAGAAUCUGUACUUCAUUGAACUAAUUGUUGCUUGGCCAAGGAAACAGGAUGGAUGGGAAGGAGAGGUACCAAAAGCUGGUUCCAGCAAGGUCCACGUCUCGUCUUUAAAGAGAAGUUCCAGCAUCAGAGAGGCUGAAAAGCAAACACUCCAAAGAACCAAAAUGGAAGGAGGCAACAGCCCAAAUCUGCAACUCCAGCAGCUCCCCUUGGCCACAGCAGCGGUUUCUGUGCAGCCACACACAGACUCCUUCUCCUACAAGGAGAACUUGAUUGGGGCAUUACUGGCUAUUUUUGGGCACCUUGUCAGCAGCAUUGCACUCAACCUGCAGAAGUACAGCCACAUCAGGCUGGCAGGCUCCAAAGACCCCAGGGCCUACUUCAAAACCAAGACCUGGUGGUGUGGGUUCCUCCUGCUGGUGCUGGGAGAACUGGGAGUGUUUUCCUCCUAUGCCUUUGCUCCUCUCUCCCUGAUUGUGCCACUCAGUGCAGUGUCUGUCAUAGCUAGUGCAAUCAUAGGGAUUAUAUUUAUUAAAGAAAAAUGGAAGCCCAAGGAAUUUUUGAGACGUUACGUCCUGUCCUUUGUAGGCUGUGGUUUGGCAGUUGUGGGGACUUACCUGCUGGUGACAUUUGGACCCAACAGCCACGAGAAGAUGACAGCAGAAAACAUCACCAGGCACUUAGUGAGCUGGCCAUUCCUGCUCUACAUGCUUGUGGAGAUCAUUGUUUUCUGCCUGCUGCUGUAUUUUUACAAGGAGAAAAAUGCAAACUACAUUGUAGUUAUUCUUCUGCUGGUGGCUUUGCUGGGUUCCAUGACCGUGGUGACUGUGAAGGCUGUGGCAGGGAUGAUUGUUGUCUCCAUCCAAGGGGCCCUGCAGCUGGACUCCCCCAUAUUCUACAUCAUGUUGGUGUGUAUGAUUGCCACAGCCAUCUACCAGGCCACGUUUUUAGCUCAAGCCUCACAGCUCUAUGACUCAGCUCAGAUUGCCAGUGUUGGCUACAUCCUGUCCACAGCAGCAGCAAUCUCAGCAGGAGCGACUUUUUACUUGGACUUCACGGGUGAAGAUGUUCUCCAUAUAUGUAUGUUUGCACUGGGGUGCCUCAUAGCAUUCCUGGGUGUUUUCCUGAUCACAAGAAACAGGAAGAAGCCUGUGCCCUUUGAACCAUACAUAUCCAUGGAUGCCAUGCCAGGCAUGCAGAACAUGCAUGACAAAGGGAUUGCAGUCCAGCCUGACCUCAAAGCUUCCUUUUCCUACGGAGCCCUGGAGAACAACGACACCAUGCCUGAGAUUUACACUCCAGCCACGCUGCCCAUCGUGCAGGAGCAACACGGUUCCAAAGGAGUCUCUGCCCCACCCUACCGGGUGCUGGAGCACAGCAAAAAGGAGUGAGUGACCUUUAAAGGACUGAUUUGAAUCCUCAGAAGUCUGACCUUUUAUUUAUUUACCCAUUAAAAUACAAGCAAGUGUAAAGCCAACCCUGACGGAGCUGAAAGCUCGUCUCCAGCUGAACUUUCCAGGCUGAUUAUUAAAAUAAGCAACUCUUUAUAGCUGUGAAGUUGAAAAGGAGUAAAUCCCAGUUCUGCAUGGAAUUGUGCUGGCUGGAAGGGUGAAAUGGGGAGUGCAGCACCAUGGAACUGAUGAGAGCAGAUGCUGUGGGAAGAGAAGUGACUGUGCAAUUUUUAGUCCUGCUGGGAGUGGGUUUAUCUCCAGCCAGUAGUUUUCAGGAGUGGCUCACAGAGAGAGAGAAGAGCAGGAUUUAAUCUUUCAUUUGUAGAGACUGUGAUGGAUUUGCAGGAAGGCUGUAAAUCCUCUCGUGUCUGGUGUGACCACUGACUUACUUAACACGGCAAUAAAUGGAAUUGUUUUCGAGCACCAACACUGGAACUUACUGUGCUUUUAGAGCAGCAGAACUGCUCAGAGUGAACAAGCUGCUUGAUUCCUUCAGACCACGAAUUUUUGGGCACUUCCUGUACAACUGUUCUCUGGCUGGUGUUGAACACAAGCACUGAGGAUGUGAGUUGUUUUUAGAGCACCACUGGAUUAUAUGUCGGCUUAGAACAAAGAUUAUUUGCCAGUUUUCUGUUCCACGGCAGGAGCUUCAAGUUGGAUUAACUGAUGCAGAGAGGUACAAGGGCGAGGAGAAAUGAGGAUAAUGUGACUGGAUCUGGUGGGGAAUUUUAUAUAAUUUUUCAUGAUGUCUUAAUUAUUUAUCACGUUUAUUUUUGUUCUGCUUGAGGCAGCAUGUCCAACUUCAGUGGUCCCAAAUACUUACAGGUGGUGACAUUCCUUAGUUCAAAAGCUCAGUCUGGGUCUAAUAAACUGGGAUCCUCCCCCCCUUUUUUUUUUUUCUUUUAAAAAAAGGAAGAAAAUACUUGUCUACUCUUAUGGAUGACCUAAGGAGAAAAGAGAGGUGUGCACAGGACUGUAACAAUAACUGAGCUUUGUGUACUUGUGAUAUUUAUCUUUCCAGCUUCCAACAGAUGGCCAGGAGCUGAUAUGGAGGGAGAAUAGACAGGAGGGGGGGAGAAGGGGGACUUGUCAAGUGAAAAAGGACAAAGUACAGCGUUUACUGGUAUAGGCAAGUUAUCCUGGCACUUUGGUAUCCUUGUCCUCUCUAAAAGUUGGGUUUUUUUUUUCUGUGAAACUCAAUUUUAGGUCUAUUUGGUGUGUCUUGGGCUGUAAGCACAGUGAGGUGUCUCCAGGACCUUGGAAGACUGUAUUUGAAAGGAAUUGUGCAUUUUUAAGUGGUUACUCUAAUACCAAAGUGUUUGGGAGGAUCCUGGACUUGGGACAGUUUCUUUCUGCCUUUAUUUAUUUUUAUGUCUUAAUUGACUCAUGGCCAGUUUCUGUUCCCACUACCAAAAAUCCCCUGCAACUCCACUGACUUGUACAGAGUUUUUCCAGGUUCUUGCUGUUGUGUGUGACAAAAGAACCCUUCUUUUGCAGAGAUUUGCCUUGUCAGCUCUGAAGACUAAAUUAACCUGGACAUACUUUUUGCUCUGGCAUUUUUGUGCAGCUUAGAAGAAUUAAAACCUUUCCCCCUGCACAGAGGAGGUGCCCAGGGGCCCUACCUGGGUGAAGUUCUUCACCAGUCAGAUCUUAUCAGUGGCAUCCCCUACACUGCAGCUUUAUGAAACCUCGAGAAAUAACAGCUUUUCUUUUCCCCUCAAUCCUUUUCUGUGUUUAAGCAAGAUCAGGAUGCUGAUGGGCUGAUGCUGCCAGAGCAUUCAUUCAUCUGCUGGAGCUGCAGUGACACUGAUUUACUGCCUUUGGAUCCUGGUAAUCAAUGGUGAAUUUAUGGGCAGCUUUUGUUCAUUAACAAUGCCAAAUGAAGUCAUGCAGGGAGGCUGAAUGGGAAGGGCACAGGAGUGCUGCCUUUCCUUAUCUCUUCCCUUUUAAUCAACCAGGCAGUGGCUGUUUUGACCUAUUAGUUCUGCCACCACAGAACACAGCUUGAAAACAGGCUGUGCUAAACCACUGACAGCUACAAACACCCUUAACGUGGCAAUAUUCUCUGUGUUUAAUUAUUACAGAUGCUGCUGUGGUAUAAAAUAAUUCAUCAGAAGGGCCUAAAUGUUUUGCUGUUGACAUCUGUCUCAGGAUGGUCCUGUGUGUAACAGAACGUGGUUUCUCAGCAUUUAAAAAGUGCAGGUGACCAAGCACAGACUUUGCAGCAAUAAAUGAUUGGUUUGGGGGUUUUUUUGUCCUCAUCACAGGCCCUGACAUCCUGAGAGGUGGGCACAGAGUGCUCUGCCAGGGGACACAGCUGCUCUGCCUGCCUUGUGCUUCUCCUGCAAGCUGCUCUCUGGCCUGAAUCAGGGAUUUCUUUUUCUGUAAACUCCCCAAUUUCCCCAGCCCUGACUGACUCCUGACCUUCCUCUCUGCACAGAGCCUCAGGUGUGUCAGCACUUCUGCUCUGAGGGAAAUUUCCUCCAGCCAUAAAUUGAGCUUUUGUGUCAUUGUGUGGGUUUGGCUCUUUUGCCUUUAGAAUCUUUGAAAGAAGAGUCUUGCUCCAAAGCUUUACAUAACCAUGUUUUAUUUACACAGUCUCUGUGUGUUCAAAUAAUUCUGCUUAAUAAUGACAGUUCCAUUUACCUGCAGCCACAGGGAAAAACUCCCCUUAUCAGCCUUUGGAAACUUCCUGGCAAAGGAGUGCAGGGGAGGUGGUGUCUUGUUUCUACAGCACAUAAAUCACAAUAUUUUUGAUUCUCCUGCCACAUCAGUAGAGCUUGAGGUGUUCCUUGGGCCUCAACUCCAGGCACUGAGGGAGGGGUUGCAUUGUGGGACUGAUGGAUUGCACCUCACUCCUGUUUGCUGCUGGUGUUCAACACUUGAAUUUUAAAAUGUGGGGGGUUUGGGUUUUUUUUUUUGUAUUAUGUACUUCUGCCUUUCUUGCUUUUUCUCCCAGGCUUCCGAAAAAUCUUAUUUUCUGCUCUCUAGCCCAGUCUUACAGCUGAGAAGGCACGAGCAGGGCCCUGAGAGGCCAAGGAUCUUAUUUAAACCUGACUUGUAGGACUCCUGUGCUCUUUCUGACAGUGGCAGGGUAGAGCUCAGGAUUGAAUUAAACUCCUCACCUCCCUUCUGGUUCAGAGAAGCUGAAACAGGGAAGGUAUUUGUACCUUCAGGUCUGAACUUUGAGUAUUUGUUAGUCUGAGGUGACAAUGGCCAUGCCCAGGAUUGCAGCAAAUAUUUACAGCUGAGCAGCACAGGGAGGUUUAAAGGAGAGUGAAAAAUAAUAAAACUGAGGCACAGCACAUUUUUAACAUGUGAAUGUCAGCCCUGCAGUGUGACCCCCAGGGAGGCAGGGCCCUGCUCACAGCACAGCACCCACAGAUUCCCAAAGGGGAAGGAUUUUUCAGCACCAGGAGCUGUUUCCUUCACUAAACUGUGGAACAGCUCCUUGGCUCUGUCUCUGGCUUCUUCAUCCAGUGUGAACUGACAUCUCUUUGCCUCCACACUGUGUGGCUUCUCAAUGCACCAGAGCACUUAAUACACUCUCAGUGUGUAUUUUAUGUGUAAUUUAAUGCUGUGCAGCACAGCUCCUGUGCUGGCUGAGUGUAUAAAAUGACCUGCCUUCAGUGUUGUCUCGUUCACAUAAAAAUGUGUAAAUAAAUCAAGCUUUACAGUAUUGCACUAUCAGGAUAACUGCUGCAUUUUUCACAAGCAAUGUUGCAUGUCUAUUUAAUUCUGUUUGUCUUUUAGGUGAGGCCUUUGGAAAUGAAACUUUCAAUAAAAAGAUUGUGGUAAAAUGAAACUUUGAAUAAAAGGUUGUUGUAAAACUGAUAGAA